GUCGAUAAGGUAUGCAUUUCUAGAGCUUACUCGAAUCACCCCUCACACUGACUGUUGCAGUCUUCCGCACACCAUCAUUCUUGUCACCUUCCGCCACCACCUCAUCACUACUGCCUGUACUCUUGGCAACAACAUGGCCAGCAACAGCAACCUCGCCAUUGUCGACAGCUUCAGCAAAUGCCAACCGCUUCGGCAGCAGGUACCGAACAUCAAUGUAUCGUAAGGUACAGGUCAUCGCAAUGCAAAGAACCCAGAGCGCGAUGCAAGACUGCCACCCGUACUUGUCUGUUUCCCACGUUAACGGACGGCACAAGUGAUACAGAGAAAGCUUGCCGACUUACAAUAUGGCGCUUGGCUUGCGGGCCACACCAGGACCUGUGACCAGGCCCCAAUCGCAUAGUACCCGGCAACAGCAACCCCGACGAUCAAGCUGCGUUGUUCCGGGUCUUGGGGGAUGAGGUCAGAUACCCAAGCAAAGAUGAGGGGCGCCGUUCCGAGCGCCAUAUAGUUGAUAAAGUAGCUUGCAUAAGCAGCCGCUAUGGGGACACUCGUCGGGUGGCGAGUCCAAAUAGACAUGAUGAUGCAAGGUAUCAGACAGAUCAAUCCUUGGACAACAAUCAGAGUCCACCUCGUUUGUAGUAAGUCGGAGAGCAGUGCCCAAGUCCAAACGAAUACUACAUUGAUGGCGCCACCUGCAAUUGGAAUCACAUUGACUUGCUCGGUCGUCCAUCGCUUUGAGCCGUCAGCCUUCUUCUGAGCUUUGAGGAAGAGGCCGAAGUAAUUGUAUCCAUACGUGGCAAGGACGAUGCCAGCGUACAUGAUGGCGAUAAAGUAAACCACCCAAGAUGAGAACGUCCGCUUCGCACUCGCCCAAGUAACAGGCCUCGGCUCAGCCCUCUUGUGCUUGAUCAAUCUCCCAAUAGCCAGCUCUUGGUCAUUCCUCGUAUACCAGAAAGCUCUCGGGUUCCUCUUGUUGGGAUAGUCCGGCAACAUCACCACACCGAGAAAGCCCCAACAGACAGUGAUGAUGGCGUUAAUAACAAAGAGCCAUCGCCAUCCGGCAAGUCCGGCAUGCCCGUCCAUCGUCCCCAUGAUGGCAGCCUGCAGAGCUCCCGACAACAUAUUCCCGAUCGCCUGACAGCUGUGAUAAAAUCCCAUGCGUUUGGCAAGCUCCGUGGGUGUGUACCAGUGCAUGAAGAGAGUCAUCAUACCAGGCCAAGCGCUGCUCUCGAAUGCUCCGAGGAAGACUCGAAUGAUAUAAACCUGUUUGGCGGUCGUCACCAUCGCCAUCAGCCCUGUGAGGAUGCCCCAGCCAAUUUCGAGUCCAGGAAGCCAGAAUGAAGGUCGGACAUAGGUCAUGAUGACUUGGGACGGAAUCAGCAUAAUGCAGUAUGCGACGUUGAAUGCGGUCGUGAAGUAGUUGAGCUCAUUGCCGUAGAGGGAGAGAUCCUCUUUCAUGCCGGAGACAUAAGCAUUGUUGAUAUUCUGCUGAUCGAGAUACUUGAUCACUUGCGAGAUACAUCCAAAGGUCAUCAAGAAUAUGUCAAGCCGUCUCACAAACUCUCGCUCUUCUUUCGUUCUCUCCGCUGCUGGCGCCAGAAAGGCUGGUUUCUUUGCGAAUAGUUUCAUCCUUGUUUACGCGAUAGUGCCAGGAGCAAAUGGCGAGAUUGAUGAGGUUUAAGAGUAGAGGGCGGAGCGUCGACUCGCCCCAUUUCUGCGUUUGGGCAAUCGUCGGAAGCACACAUCUUUGAUCAUACGCUAUCGCGGCGAAGACAAUACAGGUGUGCCUGGUGUGAUGUUCCACGUGUACUUUAUCGCCAGGGUGGCACCCUGUAACUAGACUCCGUGAUGCCAAGGCAUUCUUGAGAUAGGCGGAUAGUCGGCCUAGCUUAGAACUGGCCAUGCCUGCGAUCAACAGAAAUUUCGCCACAGUUCAAGAGCUGGCCAUGGCUCCUCACGCGACUGGCGGCUCAGAUACUUGCAGUAACACGCCAGAAACAUCAUCGGAAGCCAAUGGAGAUGCAAAGCAAGACGGUUACCGUUCCCUACCAGUGCCAAAUCCAUGCCUCUCACAUUGGCACCGCACAACUCGAGCCUUCGAGCAUCUCAAUACCAACGAGCACGUCCCCGUCCCAGCGACAGCCAAAUACGUCAUCAUCGGUUCUGGACUUUCUGGCUCGUUGACAGCAUGGUCUCUGGUUGUCGACCACGGUGUCGCAGCCAAGAGUCUUGUUCUCCUCGAAGCUAGAGAAGCCGUAUCCGGAGCUUCAGGCAGGAACGCGGGGCAUGUUAGACCUGAUGCUUUUCGCGGGUUUGCAGCAUACGCCCGAAUCCAUGGACCUGAGCAAGCUAGAAAGAUCCUCGAAAAUGAGAAGCUGGUGUUCGAGAAGGUCGAUGCGUUCAUUCGUGAACACAACGUUCCCUGCGAUUUCAAUUCUACUACAACCUUUGACGUCUGCCUGACACCGGAAUUUGUUGCCCACCAAAAGGAAUCCUUCAGCGCUUACCAAAACGCUGGCGGAGAUGUCACUCAUGUGCAGUACUUCGAAGGCGAAGAAGCGAAGAGUCGAACAGGAAUCAAGGACGUGUUAGCUGCCUAUGAGUGGCCUGCAGGCUCGAGCCAUCCGGCUAAGCUUGCGCAAUGGUUAUUGGGGCAACUGAUUGAGAGAGGCGUGAGUCUGUGGACGCACUGUGCUGCGAUGAAAAUUAGUGAGCACGAGGCUCGUGACGUGGACGAUCACGCAAAAUGGGACAUUACAACCCCGCGCGGUACCAUUGCCACGGAAGUGGUAAUACACUGUACGAACGCAUACGCUGCUCAUCUUCUACCGGAGCUGUCAAGCUUUGUAACUCCCAAUCGAGCCCAGGCGCAUUCUAUAAUCCCGGGAUCUGAACUGUCGGGGGCUAGAGCGCAGAAGAGCACCAUGAGUCUGAGGUACAGCCUGAAGCACUUUUUCUCUUUCAUUCAACGUACAGUCGAUGGAACGGUUGUUUUUGGCGUAUCGAGAUUACAUCCAGGAUGGAGCCAAGAGACGAUAAGGUCCAUCGUUAGUUUUGAUGACUCGGGAUACAACACCGAGAUUGCAGACUCGUCCAGCGAAGCAUACAAAGAACUUUUCCAGGGCACCAAGUUCAGAGCAACCCGCCAUGGCGAAGGUGAUGAGUAUCAUUGGACGGGCAUCAUUGCCAUGACCCCCGAUUCUGUGCCGAUCGUUGGUGCGGUCGAGGGUAAAGAAGGGCAAUACAUUCUGGCUGGGCACAACGGACACGGUAAGAGUUUUGAAACGGAGGGGCUUGGCCGAGUCCUCAACGCUGACGAGUGUGUCUUGGUAGGUAUGGCCCGUAUAUGGGCAUGCGCUCCAGGGCUUGCUAAACUUGUUCUCGGGGAGUCGUGGGCUGCAACAGGUCUUCCAGAGUGUUUCCGCUACAGCAAGGCCCGGCUCGAUCGAGCGGCGCAGCAGAAUAUCACAAGCGUGUGGUGAAGACUGAGGCUGAAGACGUGAUCGUUCACCGCUUGCGAGCCUGCCGCAACGGAAUCGAGUGCACAUCCUGCCCUAUGCGCACUUUCACUUCACGGAAUGUGAGGUCCGAGGCCUUCAGCUUCUGAAGAAGCUGAUCGGAAAUGACGACCUCAACUGGUCCAGCGCUUGCGGACUUUUGGUGAGGCUGGAUCGACCACGCAAUACUGAUGUGGAAGUUGUCGUGCUCCCAGGCUUCGGGCACAUGGGAACUAGAAAAGGUCCGGUGUCCAUAAAGCAGCGGCUGAUUGUACUGACGUGCCAAGUCAUUACUGCGCUCGAGCAGGAUUCGAAGUUCGUCGCAAGAAGGUCUUCGCAGACGGAGGACUAAGAACCAGCGCGUUUGAUCUUCGUUGGGGUGCCAGACGAGGUCGAGUGGGCGCACGCUGAAGGCCGAGACUCCAGCAAGGGAGAUGGAAGUUUUCAGGCGAUCGAAAAAUGUGUCUUUGUGUUCCGUCUUCAAUGCCAAUGGCCUGGACAAGGAUACGUGAAGCGGCUGCCGCACGCCCAAGUCGUUCUCUAGCAAACUGUGAAUAUCAUCCUUGCAAUUCGUCGUCUUCUGCGCGUGAGUGAUGAGGUCCUGCAGCGAUCUAUAGUCAUGUGGUUGGGGGGUCCAGUCUAGAUACACGUGGGUGGGCCAGUUGCCAGCAAUGUGUGGCGUGACUCGUUUCCGACCCUCGUGAAGAGAAGGGUCGUCGUGGGUGCUUGUGCGUACAGUUGAUGAGUACAGGUCACGGAACGCUGCCGGGAGCGGUGGCAGUUGAUCCUUCACUGUCGCGGGUUUUCUUUUCUUUCGGGCGGGCUCAGCCUCGUCGUCGCCGUCAGAGUCGGAGUAGUCGACCAGACCCAUCUCGUUGCACUCUCAGACGCGUAGCAGAUGCCGCUCAUUGCAUCACCGGUGGAGCCAAGAGGAAGUUGCGGAAGGUACGCGUCAGAUGUCUCGGUGCCUGGCACAGUUUUACUUGUUCCUCAUCUUGUUCUUGUCCUACACCAUCACCGAAGCAGCGUACCUAUCCAGUCCCACCUUAUUGAGAGUCAGAGAGAACGACUAGACGAGGGCGGUAACAUACAAUGUCCCAGGCAGUGUCAUCAAAGACGGCCACGGCCUACCUGAUCGACCCGCUCAACGCCCCCGAGCCAUCGGCAGAGACUGGGCCUGGCACCUCGUUUGGCAGCACCUUCGCGCCUGCCCCCGUGUCGCAGCAGGGUACCGGAUCUAGCUUUGGCUCGAACAACCCAUACCGUAAAACAUCUGGUUCGCGCACACCCCCCGAGAAGACGGGCGCAUCCUCCUCCGUUCGUCGAAUUAGCCAGAAUCGCAGCCCACGGGAAGCCUUUCCCAACUACCGCGCCGAAGCAUUCCAAGACUAUGCCACUCCAAGAAGUCGCUCGGGCAGCAGCAGCAACCGACACCCGCCCCCCGCCUACGAUCAGUCCGCAUCACCAAAGGGCGAGUCGCGUCAUCGCCGUCGUACCAGCUCUCUGAGCGCGCGCUAUCCAGGCGACAAGAGCCACCAGCCACUUGAGAUACUCAGAAAGGAUAGUAAGAAAGCCUACCGUAGCCCGCAUCUGAAGAAGACGCACCUGCCCGGUCCAGACACCAUUGAUCAGCUUGAUCCUGCCAUCGGUGGGCGGGCAUACCACCACGAGGGACCAUACGAUGCAGCACUGCUGGCGAGGAACAACAGUGUAGGCAUCUCGCCUGUGGCAGCUCUACAGAGUACCAAUGCCGAAGCCUUGAAGGCUACGCCUGCCGAGAACGUUAGAGACUCUGUCGAAAGGCAUAAGCCAUUGGAUGGUGUGGCGCAGCUUCCAUCAGGAGUGCCCGAUAGGUUCGGACGCACUUUGCACUACGAAGAGGGCGCAGAUUUGAUGCAUGAGGACGGUCCGGAUGGUCCAGGUUACAAGCGUUGGGCUGGCAAGGAUUACGCUCCCGGUGACCUGAAAGGCAAGGGCGACACUUUCCUCCUUGAUCAAGCUCUCCAAGCCCACACCAUCAACGAGAACGGGAUCGAAAUGUCAGAGACUGCCUUUAAGAAGGCCAAGGCCAAUGGCACUCUCGACAACCGCGACCCAGUCACUAUUGCCGGCGGUGAAGCCGCAUAUGCGGACUACGCACGCGCUAACGAUGUGGAUGUCGCCCGCAAUCGUAGCGACAGUGGAGGUCUGCGAUCUGGGCUGAAGAAGCGCAUCGGCAGCUUGCGCAGGAAGAACCGAGAAGACAAUUAAAUGCAGAGAUGCCAGACUUCAAUUGACUUUCCACUUCGCAGGUUGUAUAUUGUACAGAGACAUAAUGAGAUCGGACAAGGCUGGCGCUCGGAAAUCUAUGGGGCAGACAAGAGCGCGGUUAGCGAUGAGGCACGACCUAAUAUGACGAAUUCAAAC